AUGGUCUCACUUAUUACCUGUGGGCAAGACUACUUCCCAUUAUUGCCUAUGGGCAAGUAUGGAUUCUCCAUUAGCAAUCAUGUAGAAGAAGAAGAGAUGUGGGGUCCAUCUGUGAAGAUGGAAGCGGAGGUCUCUGAGGAGGAAGGGUCUCCCUUGGAGGAAGAGCAGAAGGUGCAGGCCCGGGAGCGUGCCCAAGAGGCCCUCUCACACGGCAGUGAAGAAACGGGUCCUUUUUCCUUUGAAGAGGUGGCUGUGUUUUUCACCGAGGCUGAGUGGGCCCUGCUGGAUCCAGACCAAAGAGAUCUCUACAGGGAAGUCAUGCUGGAGAACUAUGGGAAUGUGGCCUCUCUGGGAUAUUAUAGCAUUGGAAAAAAUGUUGAGGAGUCAUACUUCAGAUACAGAACACAGCUUUUAGUACACCAAAGAAUACACACAGUACAGAAACAUGUUGAAUUCUCAGAGCGUAGAAAGAAGUUCUGUAUGAAUUCCAGUCUACAAAAGCAUCAAAGAACCCACGCAGGGGAGAAACAUUUUGAAUGUUCAGAGUGUGGAAAGAGAUUUAAUACAAGUGAUCUUCAAUGGCAUCAAAGAACUCACACAAAGGAGGAGCCGUAUGAAUGCUCAGAGUGUGGGAAGAGACUUAGUAUAAGUGAUCUUCAACAGCAUCAAAGAACUCACACAGGAGAGAAACCAUAUGAAUGCUCAGAAUGUGGACAGAGAUUUAGUCACAGUGGUAAUCUUCAACAGCAUAAGAGAACCCACACAGGGGAGAAACCGUUUGAAUGUUCAGAGUGUGGAAAGAGAUUCAGUCAGUGUAGCAGUCUUCAAAAGCAUCUAAGAACCCACACAGGGGAGAAACCUUUUGAAUGCUCAGAGUGCGGAAAGUCAUUCAGUCAGCGCGGCCAUCUUUAUUAUCAUCGAAGAACCCACACAGGGGAGAAACCGUUUGAAUGCUCAGAGUGUGGAAAGAGAUUCAGUCAGAGUAGUGGACUUCUGUGUCAUCAAAGAACCCACACAGGGGAGAAACCGUUUGAAUGCUUAGAGUGUGGAAAGAGAUUUAGUGGCAGUGGCAAUCUUCAACUGCAUCAAGUAACCCACACAGGGGAGAAACCUUUUGAAUGCUCAGAGUGUGGAAAGAGAUUUAGUCUGAAUUCCAGUCUUCAGCAGCAUCAGAGAACCCACACAGGGGAGAAACCUUUUGAAUGCUCAGCGUGCGGAAAGUCAUUCAGUCAGCGUGGCUAUCUUCAGUAUCAUCAAAGAACCCACACAGGAGAGAAACCGUUUGAAUGUUCAGAGUGUGGAAAGAGAUUCAGUGCAAAUGGUGGUCUUCAACAGCAUAAAAGAACCCACACAGGGGAUAAACCUUUUGAAUGUUCAGAGUGUGGAAAGAGAUUUAGUGCGAAUUCCAGUCUUCAGUAUCAUCAGAGAACCCACACAGGGGAGAAACCUUUCGAAUGCUCAGAGUGUGGAAAGAAAUUUAGUGUGAGUGGCAGUCUUCAAAAGCAUCAAAAAACCCACACAGGGGAGAAACCUUUUGAAUGCUCAGAGUGUGGGAAGACAUUCAGUCGGUGUAGCAGGCUUCAGCAGCAUCAGAGAACCCACACAGGGGAGAAACCUUUUGAAUGCUCAGAGUGUGGAAAGAGAUUCAGUUUGAGUGCCACUCUUCAGCAGCAUCAUAGAACCCACACUGGGGAGAAACCUUUUGAAUGCUCAGAGUGUGGAAAGAGAUUCAGCCGGAGUGGGUAUCUUCAAAAGCAUAAGAGAACCCACACAGGGGAGAAACCUUUUGAAUGCUCAGAGUGUGGAAAGAGAUUCAGUCAGUGUGACAGUCUUCAAAAGCAUCUAAGAACUCACACAGGGGAGAAACCUUUUGAAUGCUCAGAGUGUGGGAAGAGAUUCAGUCAGUGUGGCCAUCUUCAGUAUCAUCAAAGAACCCACACAGGGGAGAAACCGUUUGAAUGCUCAGAGUGUGGAAAGCGAUUCAGUGCAAAUGAUGGUCUUCAGUAUCAUCAAAGAACCCACACAGGGGAGAAACCAUUUGAAUGCUCAGAGUGUGGAAAGAGAUUCAGUCAGAGUAGUAGUCUUCAAAAGCAUCUAAGAACUCACACAGGGGAGAAACCUUUUGAAUGCUCAGAGUGUGGAAAGAGAUUUAGUGUGAAUUCCAGUCUUCAGUAUCAUCAAAGAACUCACACAGGGGAGAAACCUUUUGAAUGCUCAGAGUGUGGAAAGAGAUUCAGUUGGAGUGGCACUCUUCAGCAGCAUCAGAGAACCCACACUGGGGAGAAACCUUAUGAAUGCUCAGAGUGUGGGAAGAGAUUCAGUUGGAGUGGCACUCUUCAGCAGCAUCAGAGAACCCACACAGGGGAGAAACCUUUUGAAUGCUCAGAGUGUGAAAAGAGAUUCAGUGCAAAUGCUGGUCUUCAACUGCAUAAGAGAACCCACACAGGGGAGAAACCGUUUGAAUGCUCAGAGUGUGGAAAGAGAUUCAGUGUGAGUUCCAGUCUUCAGCUGCAUCAGAGAACCCACACAGGGGAGAGGCCUUUUGAAUGCUCAGAGUGUGGAAAGAGAUUCAGUAUGAAUUCCAGUCUUCAGCAGCAUCAGAGAACCCACACAGGGGAGAAACCUUUUGAAUGCUUAGAGUGUGGAAAGAGGUUUAGUAACAGUGGCAAUCUUCAAAGGCAUCAAAGAACCCACACAGGGAAGAAGACUUUUGAAUGCUCAGUG